AUGCUAGAGCCGAAAAGCCACGCUCGGGAGCUGAACGCCCUAUGCGACGUUGCUGAUCGUCGACUCAUGACCUUUUUGUUAGGUUCCUUGGCUGACACUAGUCGCGAGAUCACUAGGCAAGUGCUUGAAGCGCUCACUGUUCUGCACGAGCGACAGAUCUGCCACCGUGACCUCAAGCCUCAGAACAUCCUCAUCGCAUCACUUGAACCUUUGAGAGUGAAGGUCGCGGACUUUGGUUCAUCAAAAAUACUCAAGGGCACGAAAUUCAGGACUGGAGUUGGGACUGAAGGCUAUUUUGCGCCGGAGCUGCUUGGUCUAUGGACUCCGGAUCCGAUCGCCUCUCCUUUAGGGGACUACUUUACAUGUGCGGUCGAUAUAUGGUCGUUGGGCUGUCUCUUGUAUGAAUUGUUGACUGGUACCUGGCCGUUCGCUUCAAACUCAGCCUUGGAUACCCAAGGCCUGAGUACUACGGUCUCAGGAGUACUUAUACCUACAACAGAAACGCCACUACAGACGGAUAUGAAACUCCUUUACCGGUUUUGUUCUUGUGAAAUUCCUUUGCCGGUGAAGAAAUUGGACGAAUACAACACCAUCGGCGCCAGAUUCUCUAAGGUCCUGUUGGCUUCGAGAUUGCCCAGGAAAGUCACAAAAUGCCUCACCGAACCCGGAUCAGCUAUUGGAGGAGACUUGCUUAGGCAGGUGGGUACCUGGGUGAGCCAGAGCCCAUAUCCCGCGGGAUGGCAGCCCCCGACAUCAAGUAAUACACACUUUAACGCUUUCCACGGAAUCGAUUCUCAGACCCACGAGUUUAAUGGAGGUUUUGCCGGGCAAUUUCCCCCCGGUGAAGCGGAUGCUCAGAUGAUAGACAUCUCAGUUUUCACGGAGGAGUCGAUCCGCCUUUGGAAUGAAAUCAAACAGUCAGCCGGCGUGUCCUUUACCCAUAAUCAGCCACCAUUUCAGUCUCAUAAGCACAAGACCCACCCAGAAUUACCCGAGUUCAAGUACACCCCCGGUCAUCCCGAGAAGCCCAAGACAGUCAGACCACCGCGAGCCCACGCGCGCCGCCCCGGGACCUAUCCAGUUUCAGCACCAUAG